UUCUUUUUGUUUUCCCAGCGGAGAGAGUGAAAGAGAAAAGAGAGGCGGAAGCAGAAUCGUAAUCGGAAUCGGAAUCGGAAUCGGAAUGGCGGCAAUAACGACGGCGGUGAUCGCAAUCGGAGCGGUGGUACUCGGAUGGAUCACCAUCGAGAUCGCCUGCAAGCCUUGCCUUGAGAAAGGACGCGACGCCAUAGAUCGCUCUCUCAAUCCCGAUUAUGAUCCAGAUGAUGAAGUCUCCAACAUUCGCGCUCCUCUUAAUCCCAACGCCGAUCUCGCUCCAGAUCUUCAUGAUUCCAACGCUUCUCAUCCAUCUUAUACCUCUUCCGAUCUCGUAAAGGCCGUUUGAUUCGAUUUCCAUCCUCUUCUUUCUUCGUAUUUAACGGAUAAUGCGUUUCCGAUCUCGUAAAGGUUGUUUAUGCUUGUGAAAUCGUAAUCCGACUGUAGAAUUGAAGAUUUAUGUUUGGAACUGUUUGCUGAUCGCCGGUUCUUGAAUUGCCACUUCAAGAAUGGUCAACGAUUGCAAUGUAAAAAUCUCUGGUUUUGUUUUGUUUCUCAUUUUUUCGAAUUUGGAUAUCUUUUCCACUUGUCAUGUAUAUCCUUUUCAAUUAGAAGUGAAAUUUGUCUUACUAGAAUGUAUGGAAUAGACACAUAAGCUCAGACUUCGGAGUAUAUAAAUGCUUAUAUCUUAUCUCGUGUAUUGCUUUUAGAGUGUUGGAGCUUAAACUUACCAGUGCUAGCUCAGUUCAGCAUAAAUAAUUUCACUGGUUUACUACUGAAGCUGAGUUCUAUUGGCAGACAUAUGCGCAGUAGGAAAUUUCUUAGAAAUGUUUUCACUUCUCCUUUCAUCUUGCUUGCUAAAUGAUCAUCCCAUGUACACAAAUUCCUACUUAACUGUGCUACAUCUGAUGGCAAUCAAAGCUUAACUUAGAUGAGUUUUCUUAACUCUGCUACGACCUAAUCCGUUGUGUUAUACGUGAUCUUGGAGAUUCGACCUAAUAACCUGCCUAGCACCCUGGUAAGACUUGACUGUAUUGCAUUACAUGUGAUGGCAGAGAUUGAGAUGAGUUUCCUUUGAGCUUAACCGUGUUAUAUGUGAUGACAGGGACUGAGAUGAGUUUCUUUUGAUCUUCUUCAAGCUUAACUGUGUUAUAUGUGACGGCAGGGACUGAAACGAGUUUUCUUUGGGUUUCUUGAAAGCUUAAUUGUGUUAUAUGUGAUGGCAGGGACUGAGAUGAGUUUCCUUUGAGCUUCUUUAGAGCUUCAAUGGAAGGCAGAGACUGUCAACUGAGAUGAAUUGGGCAUCACUCUGUCAAAAGGGAGAACUAGUCUUGUGGUCAAUAGGGAGCAGCAGCUACUUUGAGAAGCCCCCAUGAGUACAAGGUAUUGAAUUUCUUGCACCAUAAACAGAAGUUUCAAAUUAUUGACUUGGUGUGAUGGAGAUGUUUGCCUAGCAAGUCUGCCUUGGCCCCAUCUGCCCUUUUUCUUCUCAUUAUAAAUGUCUGACCUUGAGGAAAGACAAAAACACAUCAUAGGGUGUGUUUUGAUUAUGAGAAUUCAACCCAUGUGCAACUCAAA